AUGCCGUUGAAUUCGGUUGGGAACGGCACCAGCUGGGAGUGCCUCCGCAUCGCGACGCCCGAGGAGGUGGCCCACGCGAUCUGCUUCCUGCUGCACCCCAACACCACGCUGACCACUGGCCACGCGCUGCCGGUCGACGGCGGCCUGACUGAGCUGCAGGCGCACGGCCUGGUGCACCACAAGGCGGCCGCGUGA